GCCUAACACUUGGUUACCUUAGAAACAUUACUAUUUUAUUUGUAAACACUUUUCUUAGUUUUUAUCAUUGUCUUUACGAAUUUUCGAGCAAACUAAAAUAUAUCUUAAUACAGCAGAUAAACAAAAACUUAAAUAAUGGAAGAUUUAUCCGAUUACUCUUCAGAAGUUGUAGAGUUUUUACCAACACAACAGUUAGGAAAAGUUUGCCAAAUGAUAGAAGCAUGUGUAAGCACUGAUCCGGAGCCAUUGAAUCGAGAUCAAUCUGUGGAGACAACAUUGCAGUCACAUACGAGCACACAAACAGAAGUAUCUACCACGCAGCAAUGUCAAGUCGAUGAGCAAAAACUUGCCGUUUGGUUGCGAAAGAUAUAUCCCGCAGUAGAGGAGCAGCUUCUUAAAGGACCAACACCACUAAAUACCGGCUAUGACAGCUUUGGGAAUAUCUCAGACACAGAGUCGAAAAUACAAACAUAUCAAAAAAUCACCAUGGAAGGGUUGGAAAAUUCAAUAGGCAUCGCUGCUUGGUUGUCGGUGCAUACAAAUAAAGCCCCAAUAUUGGUAGUCAGCACCAAGGCACCGCACGAUGAUUGGUGCGAUCAUUUGCAACAAACUUUAAAACUUUUCGUACCGAAACGGAUGCCACCCGGUAACUUCGUUAUCUUUAGCGAAGUAAAGAGUAUACCGUUAAAGGCAUGUCUCAGCGUUCUCAGUACGAAUGCCUACAAUAAGAGCGUUUUUGCUGGCUCAAGUAUGGACGGUGAGAUACACAUAUGGCUUUGUCGUUCGGUUGGUCGAGCUGGUGAUAGCAACGUUAAUGCAAAAGCAACAAGUGUUACACAUGAAAUCGACGAAAUGUGCUGUGCAACAUCGCAACAUAGCUAUGCUGUGGCGUUAGAUUGGUUAACCGAAAAUCGUCUACUUAGUUUUCAUGAGAAUGGUGCUAUUAUAUCUUGGGCCGUGGGCAAGGAAUUACUUUUUGAAACUGAUUUCCAAUUAAAAGUCCAAGCCAACACUUCCAACGAAAUUACUUCAGCAGUUUGCUUAAGUUCGAAUACAUUUGUUGUCGGAGUCAAAGACGGUUCCAUAUUUAUAUGCACUAUAACCAGUUUUAGUGCAAUGCGAAAACAAAUGGAAAUAAUACCUUUAAGAAAACAUGUAUUUACUAUCUCGACAUUAUUGAAAACAACAAUCAAUGGCCUGCGCGCAGUAGUAAGUUGUGACUUGAGCGGUCAAGUGCACUGCCACAGCAUAACAAAUAUGGAUGUGGAAGCUCCAGAUGUCAUACAAAUUCCGUUGCCAUUUAAAAAUGUCAUUGCAUCUUCCAAGGACGGGAAUAUUAUUUAUAGUCCCGGAAUCGAUGGCGCUUUGGAGUGCUAUAAUAUGCAAAAUGGUACACAUACUAUUAUUGAUGGCGUGUUAAGCGGCAAAGGGAAUUUCAUUACAUGUAGCGAAAAUGGAAACUGGAUUAUCACGGGACUUUACGUAGACGAUUUCCAAAUAUUUUAUGUGGAGCACUGAAUAUCGGCUUAUAAAGCAACAAACUAAGAAGUGUUUAUAUAAUUAUUUUAAAACAUCGAAUCACCAAAUUAAAUUUAAAAAUUGUUGGCUUAUACAUAUG